AUGAGUACCGACAUUGCAGAACGCAUCGCCAACGCGCGCAGGGAGGCUGAAUUCCUCAAGGAAAAGAUCAGAGAGUCGAGGGCUGUCCUCAACGACGCGCAAUUAAAACUGAUGUCGCAGGAGUUGGCGCCCUUGAACCGUCUCAACAUUCGCAUCCGUCGCGUGCUCAAGGGCCAUCUGGCCAAGAUCUACUCCAUGCACUGGGCCUCGGAUAAGCGGCACCUGGUCUCAGCCUCGCAGGACGGCAAGCUGAUUGUCUGGGACGCUUAUUCGACCAAUAAGGUCUAUGCCAUCCCCCUGCGUUCUUCCUGGGUUAUGACCUGCGCCUAUGCGCCAACGGGCAAUUUCGUCGCCUGUGGUGGUCUCGACAACAUCUGCUCCAUCUACAAUCUCCGCACGAGGGAAGGAUCAGUCAAGGUCGCCAGGGAAUUGAGCGCUCAUUCUGGAUAUCUCUCCUGCUGUCGCUUCCUCAACGACCGCCAAAUCCUCACUUCCAGUGGAGACAUGAGCUGCAUGCUCUGGGAUCUGGAUGCCGGCGUCAAGUUGCAGGAGUUCAAUGACCACACUGGAGACGUCAUGAGUUUGGCUCUCUCUCCUGACCAGCGACUCUUUGUCUCGGGAGCUUGCGAUUCGACUACAAAAGUCUGGGAUCUCCGAACCAGUCGCUGUGUCCAGACCUUCACUGGCCACGAGUCCGACAUCAACUCUGUCCAGUUCUUCCCAAGUGGUGAUGCAUUUGCCACUGGAUCUGACGACGCAUCGUGCAGACUCUUUGACUUGCGUGCAGACCGGGAAUUGAACAUCUACACACACGACAGCAUAUUGUGCGGAGUCACCUCGGUCGCCUUCUCGAUUUCGGGACGUCUUUUGUUCGCUGGAUACGACGACUACAACUGUAAUGUCUGGGAUGUCCUCAGAGCAGAACGUUGUGGUGUUUUGAUGGGCCACGAGAACCGUGUCAGUUGCUUGGGUGUUGCUAGCGAUGGUAUGGCCAUGUGUACUGGAAGUUGGGAUACUACCCUCAAGGUCUGGUCGUAA